UAAAGACGGGUGCACUUUUUCAAGUGCAGCCAACACAUUCAUGGCAGUGAACCAGCGACGGUUUGAGGUGCUUUGAGUGAACUCAUUUAACGUUACAGCGGAUAGCUGCAAAGCUGUUUGGACAGCAUGUACGCGAAUAAGUUCGGCCGCGUCAUGUUAGCGCUGUACAGCCGGAACACGGCCACUGCCUGCGGCGGGCUCUCGACGGCCACUGCCUGCGGCGGGCUCCCGAGUGCGGCAGGACGGAGCGGCUUUAGCUGGACUGCGGUGUGUAAACAGCGGACACUGUGGCUCCAGAGAACCGCCUGUCUGAAUACUCAGCAAAAUCCCGUUCCGUGUCACGUCAGUGCUCGGUCCGCCUCCCAGACUACAGUGGACCCCGAUGAGCUGAGGCGGUUCCAGUCUCUGGCCGGCAAGUGGUGGGACGAACAGGGAGAAUUCUCAGCUCUUCAUGCCAUGAAUGACCUGAGGGUGCCUUUUAUACGGGAUAAUCUGCUGAAUGUGCACGGAGUCCGUCACCCUGGGAAACCUCUCCGAGGACUCCGCAUACUGGAUGUCGGCUGUGGAGGAGGCCUGCUCACAGAGCCCCUAGGCCGCCUGGGGGCUAAUGUGUUGGGUAUAGAUCCAGUAGGCGACAGCAUCGGUACAGCCCAGCUGCACUCAUCCACAGACCCGGACCUCUGUGAGCGGGUCUGCUACCGGGCCAGCACUCUGGAGGAGCUCGCGGCAGAGGGCGAUGAAGCAGAGGAGGAGCAGGGGGCGGGCCAGUUCGACGCGGUCGUAGCCUCUGAGGUGGUGGAACAUCUGGCUGACCUGGAAACCUUCGCCUUCUGCUGCAACCAAGUGCUGAAGCUAGGCGGCUCCCUCUUCAUCACUACCAUAAAUAAAACCAACCUGUCCUACGCGCUGGGGAUCGUGGUGGCCGAGCAGCUGCUGCGCAUCGUCCCCGGCGGGACGCACGACUGGGACAAGUUCAUCAGCCCCGUGGAGCUGGAGCGCCUCCUGGAGUCCAAUGGUUUCUCGGUGCAGUCUGUCCAAGGAAUGCUGUACAACCCGGUAUCGGGAGCCUGGAGCUGGACCGCCAGCACCGCCAUCAACUACGCCCUCCACGCUGUCAAAGUGAGAGACGAUCCCCACACGGAGCAGGCCGGGGGGGGCAGCAGCACCCACCCAGAGGACCACCCCACUGCAGCCCCACACAGCUGAGCCAAACCACGGGAGAACGCGUCGGAAAAGGAGAGGAAGAUGCAUCCAGAUGAGCUGCAGCCCCACUCAGAAUGAGAUUGCAUUAAGGUUUUGGUUUUCUGUCAGCCUUGGCUUUACUGUGAACUUGGGCAAUAUAUCGAUGCAUUGAUAUUGUGAUAUGAGACUAGAUAUCGUCUUAGAUUUUCAAUAUGGUAAUAUGGUAAGUGAUGUCUUUACCUGGUUUUACAGGCUGCAUUUUUUUCUAGACUUACCAGACUUUACUAGCUGUUUUAUUAUUUAUCUAUACCCACUAAGUCAUUGAAUUUUCUUUAUAUCGCCCAGCCCUAGUGUAACAUCUGAUAUAUUUAGUUCUGGCUGCCAACAAUGAAUAUGAUUUUAUGGUUUGUGGUUGUGGCUACACACACUGGAAAACAUCUUUAGUUUGCUAGAGCCUUCUGGAAACGUGUCCACACACGGGGAUGGGACAGUCACAUCCUGUUCAAGAUCAUAAUGGGUCUCAUGUGGAAGGAUUAUAUAAUACAAAUCAAGCCUGUGGCGGAGAAUGACUUAUGCUUGCUUGCAUGAUGUUCUUAGAGAGACCAAUAACCAGGCUGUAAGUGCUCGCACGUGCACAAACAGACGUUGUGGGUUGAUGAUUUUCAGAUAAUAUCUGUUAUUUCCCGUUUUAUAAGUUAUCAAAUGUGUAUAAGAUUGACAAUGAUAACCACUGUGUUGUUUGUCUAAUAUUAUAAUAAUAAAAAA